AUGCUUAAUCUGAAAGACCAGCGAAAACGGGAAAUAUCGAACUUGCGAAGAAACCAGCACACAUUCGUCAAAGGCGAUCCGCUAUUCGCUUACGCGAAUAUGAUGCGAGCCAAGGUGCACGCCAAACAAAUCUCUCAGGUGUCAGCAGUUCUCCUCGAGACCACCAAACUGCUCGUUAAAGGGUCAGUCAUUCGGAUGCUUCUCUCAGAUAUUUGCUCAGCAACUGCUGAUAGCUUUGAUUUCAGUGAAGCGCUAUCAGAAGACGAGAAACUGCCAGCGCUCGAGAUGGACGUACUGCAGCGAGUGCUGCCUGAUGUGGACGUAUCCACUUUUGUAAACAAUUUCACUGCAUUCCUGUCCGAUGACGGACAAUCGUCAAACGACGAAUGUUUACCAAAAAUGCUCCCAUGCGAUCAUACCACCAAGUACCGUACCCACACUGGAUGGUGUAACAAUCUGAAAUUUCCCAGUUAUGCCAAUGCUUUCUCGCCGUUGCGACACCUUCUACCACCAGUAUACGAAGACGGCUUUGAUGCACCACGAAGUCGUGCGAAGAGCGGCAGGCCGUUGCCAAAUCCACGACGUAUCUCGAACGUUGUCUGUGAAGAUCGGGAUAUCUCACACGUGAAAUUCACUCAUAUGGUCAUGCAGUUUGGUCAGUUGAUCGACCAUGAGCUGACUCAUUCACCGACGGCACGCGGGCCCAACGACGAAAUCUUGAAUUGCACGAGAUGUGACUCACCAGAAACGAUAUCGGUACACUGUAUGCCCAUUCGAGUCGAAUCCGAUGACCCCUUCUUCCCGACCCAUUACCCGAAUGGAGAACCACGGUGUUUGCCCUUCGCCCGAUCACUACUCGGACAACUGAACCUUGGCUACCGUAAUCAGAUUAACCAGCUGACUUCCUAUAUUGACGGCUCGGUGAUCUAUGGCUCUACCGAAUGCGAAUCAAAACACCUACGAAUGGGCACUCGUGGACUACUCAACUUUACCGAUUUCGGGCAGGGUCAGGUGAUGUUACCACAAGGAAAUCAAGAAAAGGAUUGUCGAUCAUCACCACGAAAUCCAUGUUUCGUAGCCGGCGAUGAGAGGUGA